CUUAUUACGUCUAGAUUCGGAACAAAGACUGUGUUACUGUAAAUUACGCCCAUGCACACACACAAGCGAUCGAGUGUCUCUAAAGACCAGUGAGACCAGUGACUCAUGAGUGAGGGAGUUCCUCUUCCAUCACUGUUAAUAUGAGAGGUUAGUAUGAAGACUUCUGGAGAUCUGUGCCUGCUGCUCUGAAGACACCAGAAACGGAAGCCCCGGACAGACAAACUCCUCUAGCAAGUCGACUUUGGCGGCAAAAAGAAGAAUUUGUUACAUUGUCUUUUGUUUAAACACGCCGACACGAGAGGAAACCAGGAAAUAACGCGCGAGUGGCAUCUGGAAAUUGCACAAAAAAAUAAAGAAAAAAUGAAGAGGAUGGCUCCGUCUGUGUCUCUGGCGUACAGGAGGCGCUGGUGGAUGGCCGUCACAGCCGUGCUGGAGAAUCUGUCAUGUUCGGCCGUGCUGUUGGGCUGGGGCUCUCUGCUCAUCAUGCUCAAAGGACAGGGCUUUUACUCCCACCUGUGCACAGAAAAUAAGACUGAGAUUGUGAACGCUAGUGAGCCAGAUGAUUGGCUGAGUUGUGUGGAACAGGAAGAAAUGCUGAACUUGGGCUUCACCAUUGGCUCAUUUCUGCUCAGUGCCGCCACAUUGCCAUUGGGUAUACUGAUGGACCGGUUUGGCCCCAGGCCUCUGCGCCUCGGUGGAAGUGCAUGUUUUGCCUUCUCUUGUGUGAUGAUGUCCAUAUCGGCCUAUCAUCCAGAAGUCCUCUCUGCACUCAUUUUUCUGGCUCUUUCACUCAACGGCUUUGGAGGGAUCUGUUUGACCUUCACAUCUCUCACGCUGCCAAACAUGUUUGGAAGUCUGAGCUCCACUGUUAUGUCUCUGAUGAUCGGCUCCUAUGCUUCAUCGGCCGUCACCUUCCCUGGAGUCAAGCUGAUAUAUGAUGCCGGGGUGUCGUUUAAUGUUAUCAUGUGGAUGUGGGCCGGCCUGGCAACUCUGGUCUUUCUCAACUGUUUCCUGAACUGGCCAGCAGAAGGCUUUGCUACACCAGAAGAGAUUGAGAAAAAAAAGAUGCAUUCUGCUGAAAACCACAAAUUAUCUGUUGAAGAGGCGACGAGAGAAACGGAGAAACUGCCGGCUGUAGCUCAGGACGCACAGUCUUCGGUCCCGUUCCGGCGCUCCGUGUUCUCUCCCAUCUUUUUGUGGAGUCUGAUCACUAUGGGAAUGACUCAGCUGAGAAUCAUCUUCUUUAUGGGAGCCAUGAACAAGAUGCUGGAGUUCCUGGUCACCCACGGAAAGGAGCACCCCUCUGAAGAACUGAAGCAUGAGGCUGAGGCGAAAGUGAGCUUCUACUCGUCCAUCUUUGGCACGCUGCAGCUCUUGUGUCUGGUCACCUGUCCUCUGAUCGGAUACAUCAUGGACUGGAAGAUGAAAGAGUGUGAGGUGGAUCAGAAGACGGUGCAGGGAGAAAAAGAUUCUGUUGCGGUCCCGAAGCGUGACGGAAAGAUCCAGAAGCUGACCAACGCCAUGAGAGCCUUCAUCUUCACAAACGUGCUGCUCAUGCUGUUUGGGAUCCUCUCACUCAUAGACAACCUUCCUCUACAGAUUCUGACGUUUAUCUUGCACACUAUGGUACGAGGUUUCAUUCACUCGUGUUGUGGAGGACUGUAUGCUGCUGUGUACCCGUCCAAUCAUUUUGGCACCCUGACCGGGCUGCAGUCUAUGAUCAGUGCAGUGGUGGCUCUGCUGCAGCAGCCGCUCUUCAUCAUUAUGGUGGGACAUCAGAAUGGAGAUGCUUACUGGAUCAACGUGGGUCUUCUGAUCCUCUCAUUUUCCGGCUUCCUGCUGCCGGGAUACUUGUUCUACCACCGCACACAGCUGCUUCAGAUGAAGGCUGCGGGAAAAGCAAACGGACACACGCUUGUUGAGAAUCAAGCGGUAAACCAGCCGCUGGUCAACGGACACAGCAACGGUCACGUCCCGCAGGAAGCCUAACUCAGGAACGGAGCAUCACAGGACUGUCACGGGACUUUUCAGAUUUCAGCAUGCAAUGGCAUCCUCUGCCAUCCGCAAUAAACACACAACUUUUUCAUUUUCAGCACAUUUGGCUGAUGGCUGCUGAAUUAAACUUCAGAUCAGUGUUGUCUUGUUCCAUGAUCAGCUGACUCAAGAGUAUUUGUAUUAAAUAUCUGGAAUUCUGUUUGCGGAAACAAUGCAACGUUUUUUAGAGAAAUUGUUAUUGAACUGUGCACACAUCGGCUGGGACUGACGCACAUGAACUUGCUCAGCCAAUGGAGCGGCGUCUGUCUGUUCAGCGUCUUCACCAAAGAGAAAGAGCGAUGCUUGACUGUUUGUUUAUCUGUCUUUCGAAAAACUUGAGAAACAGUCAACAUCUGCAUUCCAGCUGCCACCAAAGACACUGCUUUUUGAACCGUAGGUUCACUACAUUAAGUGUUAUCCCAAAGCUAAAACAUUUCAGCCAGAUUUAACCAGAUCUUUGUAGAGAAACAGAAAUGAGUUUCUGUUCAGCUUUUCUGUGCAUUUCAGUUCAUAGCAACUGAAAGGGGAAUUUAUUUUUGUAUUUCUGUGAAGCUUAAAGUAGAUGUGCUCUGUAAAUAGUGUGAGAUGUAUUCAUGAUAUUUACUUGUAUGUGCGGUUGGUUUGUGGGAUGGGUUGAUCGGGUUUUUUAAAGGUCAGGGUGCAGCCGGGAGGAACUUUAAAUGGUGCGCUUACAGCAGUGUUUUGUGGGAGUCUAGUGCCUUAUGUUAUUAUCGAAUGUCUCGCUGGGAGAGAAAUGCGGGAAACCAAAGCCAUUCUUAGACAUGGAUGCAAUAAAGCCCUACGGGAGCAGUGCAGAAUGUGUGAGAGGAAGAGAGCGUCCGUGUACAGAGUGCAUCAGAUUUGAAAUACCAAAAAUAAAUAUGCAGUCAGUCCUUGUGAA